GUUUGCAUUUGAACUCCCCCAUUUUCACAAAUGUGCAAAUGGGUGGGAAGACCAUGCCUUUAACUUGUCUCCUAAAAAAAAUAAUAAUGCAUGCACCUGAAGUUACAUGGGGAGAGAUGCAGAAUUUUGGAGCCCCCAAAGAAUGGAAAAGGAGCACCUGUUCAGUGCCUAAUGAGAACAAGUUGAAUUGCCAGUGCAAUGAAUGACAAGCUUCAGGACUGUUUGGUGUUUUGGAUUUCUAAAUUCUUCAAGUUGUUCAACCACUGCCAGACCCUGGCGUGCAUGUGCCAAGAAGAAUUGGUGGGAUGAGGCGGAGAGGUCACCGCCAAUGCUGUUUCACAUUAGAUCAUCUACCUGAGCUGAGGCCAGACUGUAUGGGGACUGUCAACACCAACCAUUGAAGGAUCAUUGCACUUCAUAGUUUCAGUAUUCUUGAUCCAGUUAUCUGAACACGGUAAAUAGUAUUGCCAAGAAGUGGUUUGUAUCCCACCUGCCCAUCUGCGUACUUCAGCCAUGAGGCCUUUGCUGUUGCCUGCCUAUGUAGUGCUGUUGACCAUCUUUCGAUGCCACACCAUCAGCUUUCCAGAAGAUGACGACCCCAUUAAUGUUGUUGACUACCACUAUUCAAGGCAGUAUCCAGUAUUUAGAGGACGUCCUUCAGGCAAUGAAUCUCAACACAGGCUGGACUUUCAACUGAUGUUGAAAAUUCGAGACACACUUUAUAUUGCUGGCAGGGAUCAAGUAUACACUGUAAAUCUGAAUGAAGUUUCAAAGGGAGAAGUUGUUCCAAGCAAGAAAUUAACAUGGCGGUCAAAGCAACAGGAUAGAGAGAACUGUGCCAUGAAGGGAAAACACAAGGAUGAAUGCCAUAAUUUUAUUAAAGUCUUUGUCCCCAGGAAUGAUGAGAUGGUGUUUGUAUGUGGAACUAACGCGUUUAAUCCCAUGUGCCGCUACUACAGGUUGAAUACCUUGGAGUAUGAUGGCGAAGAAAUUAGUGGCUUGGCGAGAUGCCCAUUUGAUGCGAGACAAACCAACGUGGCACUCUUUGCUGAUGGCAAACUGUAUUCUGCAACAGUUGCAGAUUUCCUGGCAAGUGAUGCUGUUAUUUACCGAAGCAUGGGGGACGGGUCAGCAUUAAGAACAAUAAAAUAUGAUUCCAAAUGGAUAAAAGAACCUCACUUUCUUCAUGCCAUUGAGUACGGGAACUUUGUUUAUUUCUUCUUUCGAGAGAUUGCUGUGGAACAUAAUAAUUUAGGAAAGGCUGUGUAUUCCCGUGUGGCCCGCAUAUGCAAAAAUGACAUGGGUGGCUCCCAGAGAGUGCUGGAGAAGCACUGGACGUCAUUUCUGAAAGCCCGUCUCAACUGUUCUGUUCCAGGGGAUUCCUUUUUCUACUUUGAUGUGCUUCAGUCUAUCACUGACAUCAUAGAAAUCAAUGGCAUCCCUACUGUCAUCGGUGUCUUCACUACCCAACUGAACAGCAUCCCCGGUUCAGCAGUGUGUGCCUUUAGCAUGGAGGACAUUGAGAAAGUUUUCAAAGGAAGAUUCAAAGAACAAAAAACUCCAGACUCCGUUUGGACAGCUGUACCUGAAGAUAAAGUACCAAGGCCAAGACCUGGCUGCUGUGCCAAACAUGGCCUAGCAGAGGCUUACAAAACCUCCAUUGAUUUCCCAGAUGAAACCCUCUCUUUCAUCAAAUCCCAUCCUUUGAUGGAUUCUGCUGUUCCAUCCGUCAUUGAGGAGCCUUGGUUCACAAAGACAAGGGUCAGGUAUCGGUUGACUGCAGUUGCUGUAGACCGCUCAGCUGGCCCAUAUCAGAACUACACAGUCAUCUUUGUUGGCUCUGAAGCUGGAAUGGUGCUUAAAAUUUUGGCAAAGACCAAACCUUUUUCUUUGAACAACAGUGUAUUACUGGAAGAGAUUGAGGCCUACAAUCAUGCAAAGUGUAAUGGAGAUGAUGAAGAGGACAAGAAAGUCAUUUCCCUGCAGCUGGACAAAGAACACCAUGCUUUGUUUGUUGCCUUCCCCAGCUGUGUUAUUAGAAUUCCCCUAAGUCGUUGUGAGCGUCAUGGGUCAUGCAAAAAGACUUGUAUUGCCUCCCGGGAUCCAUACUGUGGCUGGUUGAAUCAUGGCACCUGUGGAAGAGUAAAAUCUAGCAUGCUGUUGUCUUUAUUUGUUUCAUACAACCAUAGUGUUGGAGGAUAUGAGCAAGAUGUGGAAUAUGGCAACACUGCCCAACUAGGGGAUUGCCAUGAAAUUUUGCCUUCUACAACUACACCAGAUUACAAAAUAUUUGGCGAUCCAACAUCUGACAUGGAGUUACCCUCCGCUUCUAUUACCACAGUGGGAAGUUUCCCUGUUAUCUCACCCAAAGUGAUUGGUUCCUGGAAACCUAAAGUGACUGGCUCUCGGAAAUUUGUAGCUCAAGAUGACCCAAAUACUUCUGAUUACUCUGAUCCAUUAUCAGGGGUCCCAAAGGGUGUAAGGUGGGAAGUCCAGUCAGGAGAGUCCAACCAAAUGGUACACAUGAAUGUCCUCAUUACUUGUGUCUUUGCCGCUUUUCUUCUGGGAGCCUUUAUUGCAGGAGUGGCCGUUUAUUGUUACCGGGAUAUAUUUGUGAGGAAGUCCAGGAAGAUACAUAAAGAUGCAGAAUCUGCUCAGUCAUGUACAGACUCCAGCGGAAGUUUUGCCAAACUGAAUGGUCUAUUUGAUAGCCCAGUCAAGGAGUAUCAACAGCACAUUGAUUCGCCCAAGCUGUAUUCGAAUUUGUUAACAAGCAGGAAGGAGUUGCCGCCCACUGCCGACACAAAGUCUAUGAUGAUGGUGGACCACAGAGGCCAACCCCCAGAACUGGCAGCUCUUCCGACUCCAGAAUCAACACCAGUGCUGCAGCAGAAGACUUUACAGUCCAUGAAAAGUCAGAUGGACAAGGCCCAAAACAACCUCAGUGCUUCUAGAAAAGAAACACCUCUCAAGAGUCCUCAAUUUUUCCCAUCCACCCCGCCACCCCAUUCUCCCUUAAGUCAUGGACACAUCCCCAGUGCUAUCGUCCUUCCCAAUGCCACGCACGAUUACAACAUGUCCUUUUCGAAUUCUAAUGCGCACAAAGUUGACAAAAAGACACAAAAUAUGGACCACCCAUUGACAAAGUCCUCAAGCAAAAGAGACCACCGGAGGUCUGUCGAUUCCAGGAACACCUUGAAUGAUUUCCUGAAACAUUUAAAUGAAGCACCUAACAACCCCAAAGCCAUUAUGAGUGACCUCCAAGUGACUCACCAGACUUUAAUGCUUGACCCCAUGGGAAAUAUGACCGAGAUCCCUCCUAAAGUUCCUAACAGGGAAGCCUCUUUGUAUUCGCCUCCAUCUACCCUCCCACGAAACAGUCCAACCAAACGGGUGGAUGUCCCUACUACACCUGCCGUCCCCAUGACCUCUUUAGAACGACAAAGGGGCUAUCACAAAAAUUCCUCUCAAAGGCAUUCUAUAUCAGCCCUCCCUAAAAACUUAAGCUCACCCAAUGGUGUGCUGUUAUCCAGGCAGCCCAGUAUUAACCGGGGAGGCUAUAUGACUCCCACAGCUGGCACAAAGAUGGACUACAUGCAAGGGACACCAGUGAGCGUCCACCUACAGCCUUCCUUGUCAAGGCAAAGCAACUACACAAGCAAUGGAACACUUCCUCGGACAGGCAUAAAGAGGGCACCCUCUUUAAAACCAGAUGUGCCACCCAAACCCUCAUUUGUUCCUCAGACUCCUUCAGUCAGACCACUGAACAAGUACAGCUACUAAGACUUGCAUUUUCUGAUCAAGGGCUGUGGGAAGAUGUCGCACAAGGGACUUAAAACAGAGACUCACUUGUCACAUGCAAAAAAGAGAACAAGCGGCCAAAGAUGCUCUUUUUACUCCAGCGACAUCUUCUUCUGCCAUUUGCCCAGCCUCUGGCAAGACUAAACUUGCUAAAUCUAUUAAAAACAAAGGAAGGUGCUGGCCAUUGCUUUUCUUUUGUUUGGAGCCGAGGAGACAUGUAGCACAAACGAGAAGGGACGGUUGGACUGUUCUGAGGAGCUGUUCAAAGACCUUGGGGAGAAAAGAGAGGAAAAAGAGAAUCAGUCAGCAAAAAUACUUGAAAAUAAUAAUAAUUAAAAAUAAAUGGGGUUCAUUUUUGAGACUGCCAUAAUGUGUAGUCUUCCCAUGAAAUGUGAACAUUUUAAUAUGUAUGCAUUCGCCUUGCCUCUUGCACAAAUGUCAGAAAAUGAUAAUGUCUCAACAAGUAUGUUGGUUAAUAAGCAACUUGCUGAACUUUGAUCUGUAGUCCAACUGUAGCAUUUUUAUUUGCCUCCAAAGGAUGACAUUUUAUGGUGCAGAUAAAAAGUGUGAGUUGUGUGUGUGUGCGUGUGUGGUGUGUGUGGGUGUGAAUGAGCUGUGAAAGUGAGGAGAUAUUCAGUUUCAUUGCAUCUUUGAAGCUACAGAAAUGUUUACAUUUGAGCAUGACUGAGCAAACUGCUGCCUCCAAUCCAGAUGCUUUCGGAUUGCACGAAGCAUGUUCUGGAUCUCAUGAGGGAGACUCUGUGUCGGCAGAUUUCGGCACAAGGCAGUGCAAGGUGCAGUGAGAAGCCCUGAGAAGUACUUGUUUUAAAUCAUGCCAUCAUGAAAUCUGGUUUCUAAAUUUCAAAUGUAGCAUUCAUGGAUUUCUAUCAGUACUCAAUCAGCCCCUUUGUCCCAUUUAUUGCCCAGUUUACUGCUCAGUUCGAAUAUGAGCUAUUAGCACUCGCUAUUUUUUGUCCAGGACAGGGGGUCUUCCUGUUACAGAGAAUCUUUUCUUGACCCCCACCUAAUACAGUUCAAAAAAAGAUUUUGUUUUUAAAUAUCCAAAUGAAAUAAAAGCAAAGAAUAGCAACAAAAAAGCAGGAAAGACAAUGAGAAAAUCAACAACAAAACAUAAUUUCCUGAUAGUGGUGCAAACCACCAACAGCAAGAAAGGUAGGUCCAUUCAUUCAACAGUCUUUAGUCAAUGGUUGCCUCUUGGUACUAAAUACCAUGCACAAAAGCUGAGCUCAAGAUGAGGUAAAAGGACACUUAUGUCUCUCUGCGUUUCCAGAGACUGUUCAUGCUAUCACCUGCUCAACUUGAACUUCAGAUGUAGAACAUGUCAGUUAUGUCUAGAUCCGAGAUUAUGUCCAUUAUGUCUAGAUGGGAGCAUAUCCACACUGCACAAUUUUAGUAGUUUGAUACUGCUUUAACUGCUGUUGCUACAUUAUAUAGAAUCCUGGGAUUUGUAAUUUCCCGAGGUACUUAGAAUUAUCUGCAAGACUAAUGCUCUUGUGUAGGGGCCUGCACUAAAGAUAUUUACAUCUCUUAACAGCCUACAUCUCCCAGGAUUCAAUAGGAUGGAGCUGUGGCAGUUAAAAUGGUAUCAGAAUGGUAUAACUGUGCAGUGUAGAUCCACCUGAAAGAGAGAGAGAGUGAUGGGGGAGCAAUAAAUAUGGAGUAGUUCUACAUUUCCAACAAAAAAGAAACACCAAUUGGCCUGGCAGGAUCUGUCCAUGACAAAUUUUACACUUGUGUGGAUAAUUUACUUAAACUUGUGGUUUCUCCAAAGUCAUGCCGGUAAUGACAAUAUUCUGUAAAUAUUAUGUGUGAGUUUACCUGGAUCUGUGCAUUCUGUGCCUUAUUCAUGGGAAUUGUUCUUUUUUUCUCCCUUAAAAAAAAGAAGACGAAAAGUAAAUGCAACUACUAUUAUACUGUUAACUGAUCUCAGUAAUAGCACAUCAUCAUUCCCGGACUGCCAGCUUUACAUUCUGUCAACAGUAUCUGAAAAGAUGAAAGAAACAAGGGUGGGAGAGAGAUCCUCACAAGAGCAAUUCAUUAACAGUGAAAAGGCAGCCUAUAAGCCAAGGAGACAGCAACAUUAAAUCAAGCUUGCUGUGCUAAAUAUUCCGCCCCUAACUUGCUUCAAGAUCAAACAGUUAUAAUGUGAAAUCAUAGGAGAUUUCUAGGGUAAUGGAACACCUGCUGAAGUUACACACAGUGUGUUAGUGGGUUGCUUGCAGCUGAUGCUCAUCACAGAUGGUGAGCUCAGCUUCCAAAUGAUGCCCGACCACUUGUUUGUUGAACAUUACCAUUACUGUAAGCCAACACUGGGGAAUAGUCAUGGGCCAAUAGGGUCAGCACCUUCAGCCCCAAACAGAGGUUUCUAUUAUGUGUCCGCCUCUGCAAAAAAACAUCAAAAAAAGUCUUAAAUCUCUUUCUCCAAAAAUAUCCUUGUUACUUAAUAUGUGCUAUUAUUUCCCUUUUCCAUUCUGUAUGUCGAUCAUGAAAGGAUUUUUACUCCCUGCCCCCCUCCAAAGAUAAUGAGGGUUGUUUAUUUUGCUUAAAAAACAUUUCAGCCUGGAGACUAAUAAUUUUUAAAUUUCUAAAGACGAAUCAAAUGACAAAACUGAAUUGACAUCCUUUACCAAUAUUAAUGAAUAAUCCAUACUUGUGUGAUACAGAACAUAAAUGUUAUGUGAACCCAAAUAACUUUCUGUAACAAUGUGCUGCUUUGUUAGAUGGUAAUGUGAGUCCUCUCAGUAUUUAUGUUGAAAUCUCUAACAUUCAACAUAGUCUUCAUUCUGUUAAUUUAUAUAUAUUUUUGGUUGGGUUUGGGGUUCUUUUUUUAAAAUAAAAACAUGCUUUAUCCAUUUGUGCAAAGGUAAAUGCAGAUUGUAUCUUUUUUUAAUGGUACAGCUUAAAAAAGUAACCCUAAAAAGCUGCUCUAUACAGUCUAUAGAGUACUUUAACAUGUAUAGAUAUCUUGUAAACUUGUAUUGUGGAUGUGUAAAUAAUAUGUCCUUUGGGUUUUUAACACCGCAUGUAAAGUCAAAAUAAACUAUUCAAAAGAA